CUUCAUAAACACAUCCGGAGAGAUGCUCCCAAGACAACACCUCAACUGACUCAUCCCCCUAGGUCUGCGACAUGAACGACUUGGAACGAACGAGCGACGACGAGUGUCCUCCCUAUCGCGAGGCGGAGACGCCGACGCCCGAGACACCGCCGACGCCCGACAUUGUGGACCAUGAGGCGCUCGGUAUCGACUUCGCCGAGGUGGACGUCUCGGGCCCAGAUGGCGAGACGCGUGCGCGCGUCGCGCAAGACGGGACCAUCGACAUGUGGUUGACGGUCGACGCGGACAAGCCGCUGCCUCCAGUGCCGUCGUACCCGCCCCCUCCUCGGCGCCAGAUAACGCCGCCUUCCAAUGACACAGAAUGCCCCCCGCUCAACAUUGUCAUCUUCGUCGUCGGGUCGCGAGGCGAUGUGCAGCCGUAUCUGGCGCUCGCGAUCAAGCUCAUCCAGGAGAGCGGGCAUCGGGUGCGCAUCGCGACGCACAGCGCCUUCAAGGAUCUAGUCUUGGGCGGUAAUGAGCACCUACGCGAGACGAAGUGCGGAGACCUGUCUGGCAAGCUUGAGUUCUUUGACGUCGGCGGCGACCCCAAGGAGCUUAUGGCGUUCAUGGUGAAGAAUCCCGGUCUCAUGCCCGGCUUCGAGUCUCUGACCAACGGUGAUAUCACUUCCAAGCGCCGUAUGGUCGGCGUCAUGCUUGACGGGUUCGGACGCUCGUGCUCGGAGCCAGACCAGCAGAAUGGGGCGCCCUUCGCCGCCGACGUGAUCAUCAGCAACCCACCUUCGUUCGCCCACGUCCAUGUCGCAGAGGCACUAGGCCUCCCGCUGAUUGUUUCGUUCACCAUGCCAUGGUCGCCGACAUCGCGCUUCUCCCACCCGCUCGUGAACGUGCAGCGCUCAAACGCGGGCGAAAGCGUCACCAACUAUCUCAGUUACGCCCUGGCUGAUACUCUGAUGUGGCAAGGGCUGGGCGACAUCGUCAACCGCUUCCGCGCCAAGUUGGGCAUCAGUCCGCUGUCGGCGCUCACAGGCCCCAUGUCGAUUGAGCGCCUCCGCGUGCCGGUCAUCUAUGGCUGGAGCCCCAGCCUGUUGCCAAAGCCAGAGGAGUGGCGCGAGAACAUUGACGUCGUGGGGUUCCUCACCAUGCCUACGACGAUAUCGUACACGCCGGACAAGGCGCUGUGCGCGUUCCUAGCGGCAGGCCUGCCGCCAAUCUACAUCGGUUUCGGGAGCAUCGUCGUCAAGGACCCAGAUGCACUAACGCACACAAUCCUCGAGGCGGUGAAGAGGAGCGGUGUGCGCGCACUCCUGAGCGCAGGAUGGAGCGAUCUUGGCGGCCUCGACAUCCCUGACUCGGUGUUCGUCAUCAAGGGUGACAUCCCGCACGACUGGCUGUUUGCCGAUGGCCGCGUAUCCGCCGUUUGUCACCACGGCGGCGCCGGGACGACAGCGGCCGGUCUCCGUGCAGGUUUGCCAACGAUCAUCGUGCCAUUCUUUGGAGAUCAGAUGUUUUGGGGGAACGCUGUCGCUGCGGCGGGUGCUGGCCCCACGCCGAUCCCACACAAGAAGCUUAGUGUCGACACAUUGACAAAUGCAAUCGAGUUCGCGCUGUCCAAGUCAGCGCGGGCUGCGGCAGCCUCGAUUGGCGAGGCCAUUCGAGCGGAAGACGGAACGCAAGCGGCCACUGCGAGCGUUCACCGCCUCCUCCCCCUCAAGGCAAUGCGGUGUGACGUUGAUCCCUCCUGCUCGGCUCAGUGGUGGUGCAAGAAGCAUUGGAUGCGGCUCUCAAACGCCGCUGCUGGUGUCUUGAUCAGCAAGAAGAUUCUCAAGUGGGAGGAGCUGCGGCCGCUGCGUGUGGCUGAGUACGAGACUGGACGCGUUUUUACAGAGCCUCUAACAGCCACGUCUGAGUCGCUUCUCUCCGUGAUGGGGACAGGGGUGGUCGGCUCGGCUCAGCUGCUGAGCAAGCGACCGGACAAGGGGCUUACGAAGCUGACAUGGGGCAUGGUCAAAGGAGGUGGCGAGGUGACCAACGCCAUGUACCAGGGAUUCGACAACCUCCCUGGGAUGAUGGGAACGCGCGUGCGGCCUCGUGCGCAUGUCACUGGAUUUGGGCAGGGGCUUUGGGAGGGGAGCAAGGGUUUGGUGCACGGACUGAUGGACGGUGUGACAGGUCUGGUCACCGAGCCCAUGGACGGUUAUCAACGCGACGGAGCUGGUGGGGCGGUCGCAGGCUUUGGGCGUGGUUUGGGCAAUCUCUACUUCCGACCGAUGGCCGCGAUGCUGGGCUUUGUCGUUCUCCCGACCCAAGGAGCAUAUCGCAGCAUUCGGGCGGCCAUGAAGAAAGGCGGGCCACUCAUGCCCGCUCGGCGCGCGGAGAGUGACAGCGCUGCAGCCGCGCUGCCGGACGAUGAGGCCGGCCGACUCGUUGUUCGCUUCCGUGAUGCGACCUCGUCGGAACGAACCAAGGUCCGUCGACAUGCCGAGCGGAUGCGGCAGAAGGAGCUCGCCGUGGCGAACACCCAGGAAGAUCUCACACCUGAGGAGACGCAAGAGGUGGCUGGGCGUAAUUGGUGGAAGCAAGCUAUACCACCGCCUAGGCUAGAGCGACACUCUCGUACGCCCAGCGUGUCAGCCGAAGUCGGGGAUCGGUCCCCAACACCCUCGCCUACAGAGAAGCGCGAGUUCAAGCGUGACAGCCUUUGCGUGGACUUGAAGGCUCUAGACUUGCGGUCUGUGAGCCCAGUACCACCACCUUUACCGCCACGGAAGAAGGCGUAGGACCCACCGCAGACCAAGGCGCCACGGAGACGGUUGGGCCAAAGGCAUUACAUAUUGUUCGACGUACGCAGCUGCGCGAUGGCGGAUUCGAGAACCAUUGUACAAGGUGAAGGUGAGAUGGGUAGUCGAGAGAAGCGAGUCGUAGCGUGUUGG